UGUUUGUGCGUGUUUUUGUCAUGCGAGUGCGUGUAAUGACAAGAACAUAAAAAUAAAAAAAUACAAUAAAUAAAUUUGGACUGUUUUAGUAAAAUUAACUGACGCUUGCACCUCUCGAAACUUCGCUAUUUGAAUUCAUCAGACAACUGGGUGCUCUCUGCCAUCUUAAUCCCAAAUACCCUUUCGCUGCUUCUUUACUCAAGGUUCCAAAGACAUGGAUUCACGUUUGUAUACGAUCGAAGUAACAAGCCUGUCUCCUGCGGCAACAGAGAAGGAUAUUCAAGAUUUUUUUGCUUUCUGCGGGAAGAUUGAGCAUGUCGAAAUUAUCAGGGCUGGUGAUUUGGCUAGUACAGCUUAUGUGUCCUUCAAGUAUGCUCAUGCUCUGGAAACUGCUGUGUUGCUCAGUGGCGCUACAAUUUUGGAUCGACCUGUUUGUAUAACCAACUGGGGACAGUCUGAAGAUGAAUUUAAUAUCUGGAACCGACCUACAUGGAAGAUAGAAGAUGAAAGCAGUGAAAAUCAUGUUUCGGAAGGCACUCGUUCUGUUCCUUCUGCUGGAGAAGCAAUGUCAUUGGCUCAAGAUGUGGUGAAAGCCAUGGUAUCCAAAGGAUACGUGCUUGGAGUAGGAGCACUGAGCAAAGCUAAAUCUUUUGAUGAAUCUCAUCAAGUUUCGGCAACUGCAACAGCAAAGGUUGCUGAGCUGAGCGAGAAGAUUGGCCUCACUGAUAAGAUUUAUGCAGGUGUUGGAGCAGUCAAAUCUGUGGACGAGCGAUACCACAUCUAUGAUACCACCAAAUCGGCUGUAGCAGCCACAGGAAGAACUGCUGCAGCAGCUACCAACACUGUGGUGAACAGCAGUUACUUUUCUAAGGGAGCUCUUUGGAUGUCAGAUGCUCUAAGCCGAGCAGCCAAAGCUGCAGCUGAUCUUGGCAAUCGCGAUACUAGCAAAUAACUGCAUCUGGGUGACUCACAAAAAUAUUCAGGCUCUUAGUUUUUCGUGCAUCAUAUCAUAAGUAGUUAAUAUAUGUGGGUACAUUAAUGGAUAUCACUUUGACAGAAAACUUGGUGUUAUCCAUGUUUACCAUGUUUUAAGUUGAUGCAAGUACAGUUUACUGUGUACAGAUAUUUCUCAAGAAGUUUAUGCACACAAAAUUUGGGUUUUUAGCUUA